UUAAUUUGCCCAAAAAUGGGUUCCAGAAUGCUGUGUCUGUCUGCAACCGUAGUCCCUCCUCCUGCGCCUGCUCCUGCUGUAAAGCUUACCACAUCAAAUAAUAUGUCCCCGAUUUUUCUUUCUUCUUCUGCAGAUAAAGCUUCGGCUCGGCUUCAGUCUUUCAGGUGCAGAGCUGUCGGAGAAAGCUCUCAGCCGCAGACCUCGUUGGCUGAAACCGUAUAUCAGGGAGUUUACGGUCCUUGGUCCGUCGACUCCACCGACGUCAGAGAGGUUAUUUUGUACAGGUCGGGACUAGUGACUGCGGCUACAUCAUUUGUAGUUGCAGCUUCUGCUGCAUUUUUGCCUGAUAGUUUCUUCUUAACUGACAUUGUCAAAGACAAUCUCGAUUUUGUCUACGCAAUCGGAGCUGGUGGAUUGGGGUUGCCCCUUUUUCUGAUUCACAUCUAUGUGACUGAAAUUAAGCGCACUCUGCAAGCAUUUUGGGGGCUUGGUGUUGCCGGGUCUUUCGCAACAUAUGCAUGCUUGGCUAGACCAGCUGGAGAUGGUUUGGUGCAAUAUGUUGUGGAUAACCCCGUCGCUAUCUGGUUUGUUGGUCCUCUCUUUGCUUCUCUCACGGGACUAGUCUUCAAGGAAGGUCUCUGCUAUGGAAAGUUGGAAGCUGGAAUUCUCACAUUCAUCAUACCUACUGUUCUUCUGGGGCACUUGAGUGGACUGAUGGACGAUGGAGCAAAACUUUCUUUGCUCGGUUUGUGGAUGGCCCUGUUUGUAAUUUUUGCCGGAAGGAAGUUCACUCAACCGAUCAAGGAUGACAUUGGCGACAAGUCCGUCUUUACAUUCAAUUCUCUACCUGAAGACGAGAAGAUGGCCUUGAUUCAGAAGCUUGAGCAACAAAAGUUAAGUCAGGAUGUCGAUUAGAGAAAUACGAGCCACAGUGGCAGUUUAGUAUAGUCUAUAGAAAGGAACAACUACGUAAUAUCAAUUGAAAGGAACAGCUAAUUUUAUAUGUACAACAGUACAACUACUGAUGAACCAUUGCAGAUUCAUGAACCGAACUUCUUUCUCUUA